CCCUCCAAACCACAGCACAGGCAGCACAGGGAGGAGGGACGAAUCCACGGAAAGCAAAACAUGGCGAGAUAACAAGUUUACUGCAUCGUACAUUUGGCCUUUUGGGAUCACAUUUCUGUAGUCACAGUUUGGCUGCGACCGAUCGAGCGCAACGCACAACUUGAGACGUCGGAGGGACAUAGUUUACAGCAGCACCGUGUUGGCCAAAGCGACACCAGACCGCCCUCCUGUCUCUGUGUGCUUGUCUCUGUCCGCCUGUCCACCCGCCUGUCCGCCUGGCUCUGCCUGUGUUUUCCGCGGAAGGUUGACAGUGCUAGGUGCGACUGUCAACAUAGAAAAUGGAUGAACCAGGAAACUUUAUUGUGGAAGGUAGCGUUUAGCGUGUUAGCCUGAAUCAUUCUGGUUAGCCAGUUACGAGAGAUUGUGCGCACCUGACUCAAUAUUUUGAUUACUUAAGAAUCACGGAAUAUUUAAGUCGUGUUCAAGUUUGACAGGUGCCAUUAAGGCCCAUUUUUGUGUUGGACACAGGUGAAAGCCGUGUUGGCGGGUGUAGUUUAAUGUUUGGGUAAUGCUCUUGGUUCUGGUCGGAUUCGGCGCCAUCACACAGACAUUGCGCUGUUCUUGAAGGCAGCAUUUGCGCUGCUUAACCACAGUUAGACUUUUGCCUCCACAGACAGGGAUGGCACGGUGGGGUAGGUACGGCUUUUAGUACUUUUGUCGUCAUUUUGGGUUUUGUUUUUUGUAAAAUCUCCUGUGAUGUCGCAAAGCCUCGGAGACGCGACGUCUUGUCAAAAUGAUCGAGCGCAGCGAGGUGCACAGCAAACCCAGAGCUCCACUGACUACUGACACUUUAGAGACUGGUGCUAAUAGAGGAUUUGUGACGCACAUAGAGUGUUAUUUUAAGUUAAAUGCAUUUGAAAUUACAAUUAUAAGCUGGUGAUAACAUUCAGACGUUGGAUCAGACUUUACGUGAGCUGGCCUGCUGGGUGCGCCUGUGCCACUUGAUUCUGCAAUGUUUUUGCCAAUCUAAGCGCCAGUGGUGUCUAUGGCAUAUUACCACGGCCUUUUUCUUGAAUUUUAUCUUUAAACGAGGCUUUUUGCAUUCGAUAACGCAGCCAAACGCUGAUCUGUUAGUUGUAAAUAAGUGGGUUACUUCGCUAACGCAGUAAGUUUUGCCAGAAUGUCUGAAAACGCCCCCACACGAAGCCUGGAUGACAUAGACCUCGCUGCACUCAGGGAUCCAGCAGGAAUCUUUGAGCUGGUCGAGGUCGUUGGCAAUGGGACCUAUGGACAAGUGUACAAGGGGCGUCACGUGAAAACUGGGCAGCUGGCAGCCAUCAAGGUGAUGGAUGUUACAGAGGAGGAGGAGGAAGAGAUCAAAGCAGAAAUCAACAUGCUAAAGAAAUACAGCCACCACCGAAACAUAGCCACUUACUAUGGUGCUUUUGUCAAGAAAAGUCCACCAGGGCACGAUGAUCAACUUUGGUUGGUGAUGGAGUUUUGUGGGGCAGGAUCAGUGACAGACCUUGUAAAAAACACAAAAGGAAGCUCCUUAAAAGAGGAUUGGAUUGCUUACAUCUGUAGAGAAAUCCUAAGGGGCCUGUCCCACCUCCAUGCUCAUAAAGUGAUCCAUAGGGACAUCAAAGGGCAGAAUGUGCUGUUGACAGAGAACGCAGAAGUCAAACUUGUUGAUUUUGGAGUUAGUGCUCAGUUAGACAGGACGGUUGGUCGAAGGAACACUUUUAUUGGCACUCCUUACUGGAUGGCACCAGAGGUCAUCGCAUGUGAUGAGAACCCAGACUCCACCUACGACUUUAGGAGUGACAUUUGGUCUCUGGGAAUCACAGCCAUCGAGAUGGCAGAGGGAGCGCCCCCUUUGUGUGACAUGCACCCAAUGAGGGCUCUCUUCUUGAUUCCCCGGAAUCCCCCUCCUAAACUUAAGUCAAAGAAGUGGUCAAAGAAAUUCAUUGACUUCAUUGAGGGCUGUUUGGUGAAGACGUAUCCCAGCCGACCGUCUACGGAGCAGCUGCUCAAGCACUCGUUUAUCCGGGACCAGCCAACUGAGCGGCAGGUCCGAAUUCAGCUCAAAGACCACAUUGACCGGACACGGAAGAAAAGGGGGGAAAAGGAGGAGACCGAGUAUGAGUACAGUGGAAGUGAUGAAGAGGAUGAAAAUCGAGGAGAUGACAGAGAAUCCAGUUCAAUACUUAACGUUCCUGGGGAGUCGACUUUGAGGCGAGACUUCCAGCGUUUGCAGCAGGAAAAUAAGGAGCGGUCAGAGGCCCUAAAGAGGCAACAGGCCCAACUGGCUGCUCAGUGCAGAGACCCGGAGGAGCACAAACGGCAGCUACUGCAUGAUCGUCAGAAACGCAUUGAGGAGCAGAAAGAGCAGCGCCGCCGCCUUGAAGAGCAACAGAGAAAGGAACGGGAAAUGGUGAGGCAGCAAGAAAAAGGUGCCCAUCGAAGACUUGAUGAUAUGAGACGAGAGGAAGACAGGAGGAUGGCAGAGAGAGAGCAGGAAUUUAUCAGACACAAGUUAGAGGAGGAACAGCGGCAGUUGGAAAUCCUCCAACAGCAGUUACUUCAGGAGCAAGCACUACUUAUGGAGUACAAGCGUAAGCAGCUGGAGGAGCAGCGUCAGUCAGAGCGUCUGCAGAGGCAGCUGCAGCAGGAACACGCAUAUCUCGUGUCUCUUCAACAGCAACAGGAGAAGAAGCCCCAGCUCUACCACUACAACAAAAACCUGGAGCCUAAUAACAAGCCUUCAUGGGCACGUGAGGUCGAGGAGCGAAGUAAACUCAACAGACAAGGCUCCCCUAAGAUCUGCACCACUGUCUCAGACACUGCCAUCCAGUCUCGCUCCGACUCCAUUAGCCAAUCAGGGGCCCAGUCUGCUCAGACCCCUCCCAUGCAGAGACCUGUUGAACCCCAAGGAGGACAGGGCAAGUUCCAAAUGGCUCAUUUGGUGCCACUAAAACCCUAUGCUGCUCCUGUGCCUCGCUCCCAGUCCCUCUGUGACCAGCCCACUAAGAACAUGUCUGCCUUCCCCACCCAGGACCCCUCCCUCACCCCCACACCUCGGCCCACUCACUCUAGAGAGUUGGUGCGACAAAACUCAGACCCCACCUCUGAGAACCCUGCUCCACAGGUGCACCAGAUAAGAGAGGAACGUGGGCCCUGGAUCCGCUUGCCUGAUGUGGAGCUGCCUCCCAAAAUUCCUCAAAGAACAGCAUCAAUUGCCACAGCUCUGAACACUAACUUGACAUCUGGCAUCAGGCAUCCAAUAAGAGCCAGCAAUCCAGAUCUUAGUCGUAAUGACCGCUGGGAGAGAGGCGACAGUAUAAGCGUCAUUUCCAAUUUGCCCCAAACUGGUUCCCUGGAGAGGCAUCGCAUCUUGAGUUCCUCAAAAAUGGAUUCACCCAUUCUGUCCCAUGACAAUCGUCAUAAGCCAGGAGAGUCUCGCACCUCCUCUCGCCCUGGACGGCCCGCUGAUCAUGGCCUCUAUGCCAAGGAGAGAGCUGAGGAGCAGCCUAGACCUCCAGUAAAGGCCAAUGAUUAUUCGUCAUCCUCCGAGAGCAGUGAGAGCAGUGAGGAGAGCGAGAGUGGAGAGGGACCAGAGGAGGAGGAGAGCCCCACUGACCGACACAGAGAUGCAGACACAGAUUCAGUCAACACCAUGGUGGUCCAUGAAGAUGAAGGUGAGGAAGGAGAGGGAGAGCAGGCUGGAGGCUACGGGGACCAGACCAUGCUGGUGCAGAGGACCCCAGAGAAGCGAAACCAUAAUGGUUACACUAACCUACCAGAUGUGGUGCAGCCCUCCCAUUCCCCUACAGACUCAGCUUCCCACUCCUCCCCUGGGAAGGAGUCUGUCUAUGAUUACCAAUCUAGAGGAUUGGUUAAAGCCACUGGAAAGUCCUCCUUCACGACAUUUGUAGAUCUUGGCAUGUACCAGUCCCCAGGCCAAGGAGACAAUAUGUCGCUAAGUGGCUCUAGGUUUGAACAAUUGAAGAUGGAAGUGAGGAAAGGAUCCAUGGUUAAUGUAAAUCCCACCAACACACGCCCACCCACAGAUACUCCAGAGAUCCGGAAAUACAAGAAAAGAUUCAACUCAGAGAUUUUGUGUGCUGCUCUUUGGGGGGUGAACCUGCUGGUUGGCACAGAAAAUGGGCUGAAGCUGUUGGACCGUAGUGGACAGGGCAAAGUUUAUCCUUUAAUCAACUCCCGUAGGUUCCAGCAGAUGGACGUCCUGGAGGGCCUCAACCUGCUCAUCACUAUAUCAGGCAAGAAGAACAAAGUUCGUGUGUACUACCUGGCCUGGCUGAGGAAUAAGAUCCUACACAAUGAUCCCGAGGUGGAGAAGAAACAGGGCUGGACCACUGUGGGCGAGAUGGAGGGUUGUGUGCACUACAAAGUUGUGAAAUAUGAGAGAAUAAAAUUCUUGGUCAUUGCAUUGAAGAACGCAGUAGAAGUAUAUGCUUGGGCUCCAAAGCCUUAUCACAAAUUCAUGGCCUUCAAGUCUUUUUCAGACCUGCCACAUCGACCGCUCCUGGUGGAUCUGACUGUAGAGGAGGGUCAGAGGCUUAAAGUCAUUUAUGGCUCUUGUGCUGGUUUCCAUGCCAUUGAUGUAGACUCUGGAAACAACUACGACAUUUAUAUACCUGUCCAUAUUCAGAGCCAAGUAACCCCACAUGCCAUCGUGUUCCUGCCCAGCUCUGAUGGGAUGGAGAUGUUAUUGUGUUAUGAGGAUGAAGGGGUUUAUGUGAACACUUAUGGGCGCAUCAUCAAGGAUGUGGUCCUGCAGUGGGGGGAAAUGCCCACCUCUGUUGCCCACAUUUGCUCAAAUCAGAUCAUGGGUUGGGGAGAGAAGGCCAUAGAGAUCCGGUCUGUGGAGACGGGCCACCUGGACGGAGUGUUCAUGCACAAAAGGGCUCAGAGGCUCAAGUUUCUUUGUGAAAGGAAUGACAAGGUGUUCUUUGCAUCUGUGCGGUCUGGAGGCAGCAGUCAGGUGUACUUCAUGACACUGAACAGAAACUGCAUCAUGAACUGGUGAAAGCGUAUCUGUUGGUCAGUGAAUGCAGCAGGUUUUUGGCAUUUAAACCUUCUACUAGCGCAUGCACACAAAUCAUCCUUUUCUCAAACUGAUUUUAUCUACAGAUGCUUACAUUCACAACAGACACUACAAUCUGUAAAUCCAUUCCUGGCUACAGUCCUUAAAGUACUGUUUAUACCAACAUGCUGACAACAACAUUGUGAAAACUUACCAAUGUUCUACAAAUGUUAAAACCUACUUUUAUUGUGUAUAUUUUUGUCUUUACUUUAAAUGGUAAAAAUGUGUUCAGUCGUAACUAUUACGUUCCUGUGAAUUUGCUAAAUCAUUCCUGGUGGUUGUGUACUUUUGAAGAAGGCAUUAAUAUCUAAACAUGUAAAUACAAAGCAGCUCAUUCAUGGUAGUCACAUGCCUUCAGUGCCACACAGUGUGGAUGUGGCAUCAUGACCCCAUCUGCAGUGGCAACAUUUGACCUCUCACUUUAAGUCAGCAGAUACUUAAAAUGGCAUAGUUUGUCUGUCCUAAUAUUGAGAUUGCUGUUCUAAAAUGUUUCUGAAUUUUUCUUAUCUCAAGGGCUUGCUCUUAAUUACUACAAGUAUAGCCUAUAAUAAAUAAAUACAACACACUCGUUCAGUACUGUAGUGAGUGCUGUGAAUCCUUGAAUUGCCUUGAAUUAAAAGUAUCUAUAAAUGAUGUGACACAGCAGAUCGUUUCUUAAGGCUAUUGUUUUCUACAUAGAAACUUGUAUAUCCAUGUGGUGAUUCUUUAAUAGUGUAAGCCUACUGGCAUUUUAAUUACAUUUGCAUUGCUAUUAUAUUGCAAUAUAUUCUUGCUGAGUUUCAGAGGGAGGAUUAAAUUCUAAACACUGUUGUGUUGGACAAUUGAUGGAGAGACUACAGAGAGAUGGGAAUUUUGGCAAUAUCAUUGAAACUACAGAGUCACAAAAUUCAGCUACAGUCUCCACUGUAAUAUAGUUUUACUAGACUUUUUGUUGUGUGAGUGUGAGGUUGUUGAGAGAAACAGAUGGUUUAUCUUUGUCUUGAUCAAAUACUACACGCAGCCCUGUAGUGUUACUGCAAACCAGCAGACUCAUGAGGCACUAUAGGUUUUCAAAAUGGAAGACUUAUUUCUGCCAAAGUUCAGUUUUAAUCUUUCAAAGCCCAAGAUUGUCUGGUAACUGAAGAUUUUUUGAUAUUUUUGACAUUUGACAAAAUUUAGUGUUUUGCAGCAGACUUGGAUAGAAACUAGAACCACUAUUUCCUUUAGUCAAUUAAAUGAAUCUUUAUUUAUCCUUGUUGGCAAGCAAGUCUUGGGUAGAUGAAUGACAGCUGAAUUUGUAGUCCAUAUCAUCAUGGACAGUGACUAUAUAUUCAAGCCUAAAAUGAGUUGAGCUUAGAAUAUAGUAUAUUUUAUGUAAUGUAAGUUAAUAGCUGAGAGGAAGCUGGAUACUUUAUUUUAAGAUUAGUCAGAAAUAUUAUAUUGACAGUGAUAGCACUUUGACUUCUUAGAUUUACAAAGACAGCAGACUGGAGCAGAUAUUAAUUGUGCAUGUAGGCUGAUCCAGAGUUAACAUAUUACAUAGUAUAUAUGUUUUUGAACUGAAUAUCUGUGCCAUGACCUACACCUACAUCUGAAAUUCACUACAAUUCACUUGGAGCUCUGGUAGUCAUGCUUUUAUGGUCAUUUUAUUAAUCAGCCAUGUUUACAGUUUAAGCAGUGCCUUGAAUAGGUGGUUUGGAGAUUAGCAGUAGGCCCCACUCACAGUUGUCUGUUGAAAUACUACUAAUAUUAAGAGGUGUGUUUAAAACUGCUUUUAUUAUCAAAAUAACAUGUGCCAAUUAAGUGCACUUGAUCAAACCUCCAGAAACAAUUGACAUCCCCUACCAAUUUAAAUGUAGAUUUGUAGAAACAUGCAAUAAAAAAUACAAAUUUUUAUGUCUUAGAAGGGUCUAGUAGUGAUGGCUGAAGCCAGCACAAGGAAAAGCCAUAUAGAUCAAUCAUGCCUCUCAAUUCAGUCUUAGUACAUGCACAGGUUAAAGCUAAAGAUGUUAGUAGUUGGAAAAAGUAGCUUGAUAUAUUUUAUAAACUAUGUAAAACUCUAUAUUAAUAUUGUAAGUGAAUGUACCUGUAUUUUAUUUGUAUCUACAUAUACCUACUCUGUUAAUUAAAGCACAAUGCAUUUUUGAUGCAGCAAGAUCAAGGUUACAAUGUAAAGCUUUUUGUUCCCCCAAAUGUCAAAUCCAGUAUGCAGCAUUGAGGAAGACGGUGUUGUUUCUCGAUGACAUCUUAAUGUACAUGGUGGCCAUGGUAACCAUACAAUCACCCAAAGUGUGUUAUUUGGCACCAUCCCUGCCAGGGGUGUUGUUAUGUGAUUCAGAUGCUAUUACUUACUCAUUGAUCAGGGUUGAUCAGCAGAAAAGGGGCCUAUGGCAACCGGUCACCUAAAAGAUGAUAAAAGGCAAUUCACUUUGCAUUUAAAUGAUUUUUUGUGGACGCAUGUAUUCUCUAAAUCUGCUCUGUUCAUGAAACUUUUACUAUUGGCAUUUUAAAUUAGUGUGGUUACUAUAUUUAUUUGGCAUCAUAAAUAGGACCCAUGUAUUUCAUGUUUCAAAAAAAUCAGUUUUGAAUCAUUAUAUUUAAUGAUAUUCAGGGCCAAAUACAUACCAAAUGAUGCCUUCAUGUAAACAUGAAGAGUUGUAUCUGUGCUAUAUGAGUAGAUGCUAAAUGUCUGAACCAAAUAAAUAGUGUAUUAUAUUUGGCAGCAGGUGGUAGAACAUAUAUUUCAUUAUAAUAAAGGUGAGUGCUCGAUCAGGUGAUGCAAGCUUGAUACAUCUGAUACUAUGGUCUGUGUCUGAACAGUAGGCAAGAACAGCACUUCAAUGGGUGAUGAUGUGAAGUUGUCAGAACUUUUUAAAAAGCAAUACAUUAUUUUAAGUCUAAUAAAACCAUGACUGCCCAUCUUAGUGACUUGUACAGUUGGUGUGUGUUAAGUGUAGUGGUUUUUGGCUGAAUGAAUGUAGACUGGUUUGUCUGUCGCUUCUUUGCCUGUAAACUGAUGAUCACAGAAACUGGUUUGGUUUGCUUUAAUGCAGUGUUUCUCAAACUGUGGUGCGUGUCUGCAUCUAGAAGUACACGGCCCUCUAGUGUUUAUAGUAUUUGUUUAAUUUAAAGACAAAUCAAUUCAUGUUUUGGGUGAGUAAUUAUUUAUCAAUUGUUCAGUCUAAUUUUAGACCUGGUUUAGUUUGAUUUUAGACCACGUUUAGUCCUAAUUUUGGCCUGAUAUUGUCUGGGUUUAAGUCUGGUUGUACUUGGAAAAGAAAAUAUCAUCUUGGGUGGUAGGUUUGAGAACCACUGCUUACAUGACAUGAGAUGCUUUUAAGUGAAAUAUUUUAAUCAGUUUAUCACAGAAUGAAGACAUUGGCCCGUUAACGGCUGUUGUUUGCACAUGAAUUUCUGCAGACAUAAAGUUAUCCUGUUUAGCAGAUACAUUUUUAAAGACGUCUUUGCAAUGUUUUAGUGUGUGCGAGGGUGUCUGUGUUAAUUGUAAGAGGUGAAAUCCAGAUUGUAUUUCAUAGACUAAUAAACUUUUAAAGACUCUG